AUGGCUCUUCCGGUCGAAGUGUUGAAAGCAUGGGAGGCUUGUGAUCGCACCGACACGCUCUUCGUGCUUGUGUGUUGUGUCUUUUGCUGGGGCAUUAUACCAGCGGUAGGAAUCGCCUACUCUGGCUACACGACGCGAUCCAACUCUCUGGCGGCCGUGAUGCCUGCCAUCCUUGCCGUCAUUGUCUGCUCAAUUCAAUGGUUCUUCAUUGGAUACACGUUGACGUAUGGAGAAGGAGGUGCGGUUUUUGGUGAUUUCAAGUACGCUUUCCACAGGGGUGUUUUGGCCGAACCUGUUGGUACUAUUCCGGCAAUACUAUUUAGCUUCUUUCAGCUUGUCUUUCAGGCUACGGUGUGCGCUAUUGCUGUUGGAGGUGCGUGUGAGCGAGGGCGGAUACUUCCGCUUAUCCCGUUCAUAUUUCUCUGGUCGACAUUCAUAUACAACCCAUUGGCGCACAUGGUAUGGGGCGGCGGAUUCCUGAUGGAUCUAGGCGUCGUCGACUUCGCAGGAGGAACGCCGGUCCAUAUCAACUCUGGAGCAACUGCGACUGCAAUGUCGGUCUACCUCUCAUACCCUCUAUUCCGAUCGAAGAAGUCUUCAACACGAACUCCAUCCCAUCUGGUUAUUCACAGACCUGUGAACUCUUUAUGCCAGCUGCUCGCCAUGGUUUCUAUCUGGGGCUCUUGGCUCGCGUUCGACGCUGGCACAACUUUGGCCUUCAACUUCAAGUCAGUCAUGGCUCUGUGCGUCACAAAUCUUUGCGCUGCUAGUGGCGCACUGACUUGGAUGAUCUACACCUAUGUCGAAGUUGGACGCUGGAGCUUGGAUUCGUGUUUCAUGGGUGCAAUCUCCGGUCUCAUCAUGAUAACACCGUCGGCCGGCUUCAUCGACAUGCCAACAGCCUUCUUCUUCGGCAUAGUGGGCGCACUUUUCUGCCGACAAGCGCUUCGCAUCAAGUUCACGGAUUUCGCGAGGCGCUGGCGCUGGGUGGACCACGGCGAUACAUUCGCAACACAUUGCCUAGGCGGCAUAUUGGCCACAAUAGCUACUGGAUGUUUCGCGCAAAAGGAAGUCGCCGGCUACGAUGGAGUGACUGUGAUACCCGGUGGAGUCUUCUUCGACGGAAACGUGCGUCAGCUCGGUAUACAAAUUGUCGAAGCCUCAAUUGGGUUCUCUUGGUCUUUUAUUGGGAGCUACCUUAUAUACGCUCUCAUCGAUUGCGUGCCUGGAUUCGAAGUGCUGGCAGAAGACAAGGACAUUAUUGCUGGUCUUGAUGCGAGCCAGAUGGACGAAGAAACGCUAUGGACCGAGACGCAGAAAUAUUACCCGUAUGCAGACCGAGAGGGCGAGCUUCACCUAGACUAG